ACUUCAUUCAUUCAUUUCACAAACUCAAACCCUUCACUGUUUUCACAACUCAUGGAUUCAUCAACACCACCACCAAACCAAUCACUUCCCAUCAUCACCGCUAAUCCAAUCCAACAAUCUCCAUCACCGUCACCAUCUCCUUCACCUUCCCCUCUCAGAAAAUCCAAGACCCGUCUCAUCGACCGUCUUGAAACUGCCGCUGAUGAAUCACCUGAACCCGCCGGUGUAAAACGUCGUGGCAAAACCAGACUCACUCAAAACAACACCCGAAAACCAAGGAAACCUCGAUAUGAAGUUGAAAUUCAACAAGAAAACAAAGAUGGAGCUGUUGGGUUGGUUGAAGAAGUUGGAAAACCUAGAAAGAGAAAAUAUAACACUCGACCCAAGAAGGAAAAAACGAACUUUCCUCAACCUUUGAAAUUUGAAGAAGAAAAUGGGGUUGGUUUAGAUCAUAUUGGGCAGCUUGUGAGUGAUUUGGUUAUGUGGAAAGAUGUAACAAAAUCAACGCUUUGGUUUGGACUUGGAUGUAUUUGUCUUUUAUCUUCAUGCUUUUCUCAAGGUUUCAGUUUUAGCAUUGUCUCGGCCUUGUCACAAUUGGCGAUUCUCAUUUUGGGUGUUUCAUUUUUCUCAAAUUCAAUUUCUCAAAGCAAAGGGGUUGAAGAGAAGAGUUAUGUCAAGAUUAAAGAAGAUGAUGUUUUGCGUCUUGCAAAAUUGAUUCUUCCUGCUUUAAAUUUUGCAAUUUCAAGGACUAGAGUGCUAUUCUCAGGAGAACCAUCAAUGACCCUUAAAGUUAUUCCUUUUCUUCUACUAGGAGCUGAAUUUGGCCACUUAAUUACAAUCAGGAGGCUUUGUGUCACUGGUUUUUUUGUCAGCUUCACAAUCCCAAAAAUUUAUUCUUGCUACACUAGUCAGAUAGACAAGAGAGCUGAGGGUUUGAAACUAUUGUUGUUCGAUACAUGGUGUGCUUGCACUCACAAGAAGAAAUUAAUGGUGUCGGUACUCUUAACAUUCUGGAAUCUAUCUUCAAUCAAAACUCGAAUCUUUACAGCUUUUAUGUUGCUGGUACUAUUCAGAUACUUAAAGCAGCAUGUGGUGCAGCAAUUGCAAGAUGGAGAAGCACAAGUAGAUGAGAAGGAACAACAGAAAAAAGAACCAGUGGUGGUAAAAACAGAAGAACAGGAAACUCAACUGGCAUUAGUGGUACUUAAGUCAGAUUCAAAAAAUAAGGAGAAUUAACGUGGUUGGUGGUAGUUCGAUCAUAGGCGGUUCAACCAAGAGAACCCGCCUUUUAUAUUCCCAUUAAAUUCCUCUUGUGUACCGAGAAAAUAUUGUUGGUAUGUGAGAAAUUAUCUCUCAUGUACAUAAUUUCUGACGUCGUUUAGUUACGGCUAAACAAUGUUAGAAAAGGAAAGUGAAUAAAUAGUUGUAAGAGAAGUGAACUUUUAAAGCGAAAAUUUGUUUGUUUCCUUUUUUAGCA